CACUGAUGAUCAGUGUGCCCUGAUGAUCUGUGUAGCCCCAGCAGUGCCACCUGUCAGUGUCCAUCACUGCCAGCUGUCAGUGCUCAUCCAUGCCACCUGCCAGUGCCACAUCAAUGCCACAUAGUGCCCAUCUGAGCUGCCUUUCAGUUGCACCAUCAUCAGUGCCGCCUAUCAGUGCCAGUCAGUGCCGCCUAUCAGUGCCAUAUAUGAGAGCUGCCUUUCAGUGCCCAUCAGUGAUGUCUGUCAAUGCCCAUCAGUGCCACCUACCAGUGCCUCCUCGUCAGUUCCCAUCAGUGCCACCUAUCAGUGUCCAUCAGUGCAGCCUAUCAGUGCCCAUCACUGCAGCUUCAUUAGCGCACAUCAGUGAAGGAGAAAAAUCACUUCUUUACAAAAUUUUAUUA